UGCAAAAGCCUCUCCAAGGUUGUCCGCUCGCGGGGACUUCUUCUUCGAUCACGUCGGCGAUAAUUCGAAAACCACCAGCUAAUUCUCUGCCCUCGAAUCUCCAAAUCCAAAAUUCGGAAAAAUUCUCCCUCUUUAUUUGUUCAUUUAAUUCAUUUUUGAAUCCGUCAGCUUUGAUUGAGCCCUCUACUACCGGUUUAAAGCCCUCUGGGAUUGUAAAUCCUUUAUAAACACGGCGCCGAGGCUGCUCUGCGUUCAUCUGGAUUCUGGAAUUCGCAAAUAGGAAGCGUAGGCGAUCUUGGAACGGCGAAAAUGGCGAUGUCUCUACAGCCGCAGUGGGCGCUAUCUUGCCAGAUAACGACCUCGGCGAACACCCGGGUCAGGGUGAUGCCGGUUCUCGGGCUUUUCUCCCGUUCAUCACUAAGGUAUCAAGAAGUUAGAAUCAAAUUUAUACCUUGUGCGCUGGCAAGUUCAGACUAUUCUAAAAGGCACCCCAAAAGGAUCUUGAUCCCAAAGACAAAGGCUUCUUCUACUCCAAGAGGAUUUGCUCCUAUAGCUAGACCAUUGGUAGGAACGAGCACUCAAAAAAGAGAUCAAAAUGACACCGAAGACAAAGAACCAUCGCAUACUCCUAGCAGUACACUAACCGAUAAAAUAUUUACUAGGGAUUCACAAGCGGCUGAUAAAAAUUUCUCAGGCAUCCCUUUUACUGCUACAAUUGAUACUGAAUGUGAUGUACCUAUAGUGCGGUCUGGCAAUGAAGAACAUGGACAAGGUCUGGGAACUCAGUAUGUAAAAGUUGAUCAUAGUGACAAAAUAAUAGAAAAUGGGGAAAAGAUUGGCCAGUUCAAUGAAGUGGAAAGGCAUGUGGCCCUUGGUAAUGAUCAGAUAGGCGGAAUAUCGAUAUCAGAAAAGACAUCAAUAGCUGAUCAACAGGAGGAAAAACCCAGUAACCGUGAAAAUAAUUCUGGUAAAGAUGACACUGAUUCUGGGGACUCAUUACUCAAACAUAGAGAAGAAUUUGAUGCACUCAAACAAAGAAAACAAUUGGAGGAUCUUGCUAAUGAAAACUUCUCAAGAGGUAAUAAAAUAUUUGUGACUCCAGAAGUGGUGACUCAAGACCAAGUUAUCAAAGUUUUCUUGAACCAAAAUUUAUCUGUAUUGGCAACUGAAACUGAAAUUUUAAUCAAGGGUGCUUACAAUGGUUGGAAAUGGAAAUUUUUUACAGAGAAAUUGCAGAAAACCAAUCUUAUAGGAGAUUGGUGGGCUUGUGAACUCUAUGUGCCUAAGGAGGCAUAUAGAGUGGAUUUUGUAUUUUUCAAUGGUGCCGAUGUAUAUGAGAAUAAUGAUUAUAAAGAUUUCUCCAUAUCUGUGGAAGGUGAUAUGGAUGAAACUAAAUUUGAAGAAUUCUUGCUUGAAGAAAAGAAGAAGGAGCUUGAAAGACUUGCUGCCGAGGAAAAUGAAAAGAAAAGGCUGGCAGAAGAGCAGCGCCAGAGGGAAGCAGAAAAAGCUGCAAUUGAGUCUGACAGAUUACAAGCAAAGACACAAGUAGAGAAAAGAAGGCAGGGAUUGCAUCAUGUAAUGAAAUUGGCUUCACAAUCAGCUCACCAUGUAUGGCAAAUGGAGCCUAGUUUAUUUGAAGGCGGUGACAGGAUUAAACUGUAUUAUAACAGAAGUUCACGCCCACUUGCCCAUGCUUCAGAGAUUUGGGUUCAUGGAGGUCACAACAACUGGAGUGAAGGACUGUCUAUUGUCAGGGAACUUUCCCGUUCUGAGAAAGUUGAUGGUGAUUGGUGGUGUGUUGAUGUUGUCGUGCCUGAUCAAGCAGUGGUUCUGGAUUGGGUUUUUGCCAAUGGACCACCAGGAAAGGCAGUUUGUUAUGACAACAACAACCUUAAUGACUUUCAUGCUACUGUAUCAAAGGGCAUGCCUGAUGAACUUUUCUGGGUUGAAGAAGAGCAACGAAUCUUCAGAAAGCUUCAAGAAGACAGAAGAAAAAAGGCUGAAAAAAUUGAGCGCGUGAAAGCUGAAACAAAGGAAAGGACAAUGAAAAUGUUUUUGUUGUCUCAUAAGCAUAUAGUGUAUACUGAACCAGUUGAUGUUCAAGCUGGAAAAAUGGUCUCCAUUUUUUAUAAUCCAUCUAAUACUGUCCUAAAUGGAAAGCCUGAAGUUUGGUUUAGGUGUUCAUUCAACCGUUGGAGUCACCCUAAAGGACCUCUACCACCUCAAAAAAUGGUUCUGGCAGAGAAUGGUUCACACCAUAAAAUAACUGUUAAGGUCCCUAUUGAUGCCUAUAUGAUGGAUUUUGUUUUCUCGGAGAAGGAAGAUGGCGGACUCUAUGAUAACAGAAAUAAGAUGGAUUAUCAUAUACCUGUCACGGGAAGCAUUACAAAGGAACCACCUAUGCACAUUAUCCAUAUUUCUGUUGAGAUGGCACCUAUUGCGAAGGUUGGUGGUCUUGGGGAUGUUGUUACUAGUCUUUCUCGGGCAGUUCAAGAUUUGGGCCAUAAAGUUGAUGUUAUUCUUCCAAAUUAUAAUUGUAUGAAUCUUAACAAUGUGAAAGACUUCCAUUACCACAGCACCUUUUCUUGGGGUGGGGCAGAAAUAAAAGUUAUGUUCGGCAAGGUUGAGGGCCUUUCUGUAUAUUUUUUAGAGCCACAAAAUGGGAUGUUCUCGGUGGGGUGCAUAUAUGGUAGAAAUGAUGAUGGGAACAGAUUCGGUUUCUUUUGUCAUGCUGCCCUGGAGUUUCUUCUUCAAAGUGGAUUUCAACCUGAUAUUUUGCAUUGCCAUGAUUGGUCCAGUGCUCCUGUAGCAUGGUUAUUUAAAGAACACUACAUUCACAACGGACUGAGUAAUUCUCAAGUAGUUUUUACAAUUCAUAAUCUUGAGUUUGGGAUACAGAACAUUGCCAGAGCAAUGAUGUUUGCUGAUAAGGCUACGACUGUAUCCCAAACAUAUUCUAGAGAGAUUUCUGGAAAUUCUGCAAUAUCUCCUCAUCUCGACAAGUUCCAUGGUAUUGUAAAUGGAAUUGAUCCAGAUAUCUGGGACCCAUGCAAUGAUCAGUUCAUCCCGGUGUCGUACACAUCAGAAAAUGUGAUGGAAGGUAAGAGGGCUGCUAAAGAUGCAUUGCAACAAAGACUAGGAUUGAAGAGAUCAGACCUUCCUUUAGUAGGUAUUAUUACCCGCUUAACAGUUCAGAAGGGAAUUCACCUGAUCAAACAUGCUGUUUGGCGAACACUUGAACAAAAUGGACAGGUUGUUCUUCUUGGUUCAGCACCAGAUCCUCGUAUUCAGAAUGAUUUUGUUAACUUGGGAAAUCAAUUGCACAAUUCACAUGCUGAUCGUGCACGCUUUUGCUUGACGUAUGAUGAACCUCUUUCACAUCUGAUUUAUGCUGGUGCAGACUUUAUUCUUGUUCCAUCUAUUUUUGAACCCUGUGGAUUGACCCAACUUAUUGCUAUGAGAUAUGGCUCUGUUCCUAUAGUUCGUAAAACAGGAGGACUUUAUGAUACUGUAUUCGACGUUGACAAUGAUAAAGAAAGAGCUCAAGCACAAGGCCUUGAACCAAAUGGAUUCAGCUUUGAAGGAACUGAUGCCGGUGCCAUGGACUCUGCCCUCAACAGAGCCUUCCCUGCUUGGUCCAAUGCUCGGGAGUGGUUCUACUCGUUAUGCAAGCGUGUGAUGGAGCAAGACUGGUCCUGGAAUCGGCCCGCACUGGACUACAUGGAGCUCUACCAUUCCACCAGGAGCUAAGAACUUCAUCAUGGAGAGAAAAAUCUUGUAGAAAUCUCUGUACAGAUGAUCAUUCUUGCAGUUUUUUAUUUCUUAAAGACACUUUCUAAUUAUUGUUCUAUGUAUUUAUUCGAUAGUUCAAAUGUACAAGUGCUACACUACUCUAUUAGUGGAAUAAGUUUUAACUUAUUUUUGAUGA